GUAAGCACACAUUUAUGCAUCCACUGCUUUAAAGUGCCACUCUGCCUUGCCAUUAUUCCGACUCAAAAGCUCAAACUUCCACAGCGGUUUCAAGGCCACAGUCGCCAGCUUUAAGAAUGGAGUCUCUACCAACCGGGACGGCGUACUUUUCUGCACCUUUCGAACGCUUUAUAAGAGACGAAACAGGCGCUUUUACCUUGCUGGAUACAAUGGAGACAUUUUUUGACUCUCGGCUGGACCUACUCCAGCGACGGAUACAGAAGCACAGCGAUAGAUUAAAAUCGAAAGCCGAGGAAGCUUUUAAGAAACGUGUGCAAUCGAGCGAUGUGCUGGCAGAGAAUUUCGAUCGCGAGGUCAAAAACUUCAAGCUGAAGGUUUCGCUUCGUAUGCAAAAUUUGGUGGAAUCAUGGCAUUCUGCCAAGGUAGUGAGGACUCGCGACAAAGUGUCUUUUUUCUUCAGUGUCAUGUCCCUCCUCGUAUCGGCGUUGCUCUUUGGCUUGGCUCCACAAUGGAUCCAUAUAGCAUAUACAGUCCAGGGCUUGUAUCUCCUUCCUCUUCGUGCCUACCAAUACAAGAAGCGGUCAUGGCAUUAUUUCCUUUUCGACCUCUGCUACUACGUCACCAUUCUCAACGUUGUCUACAUAUGGUUCUUCCCAUCAAAUACAGCACUGUUCAUAGCUUGCUACAGUUUAUCACACGGCUCGCUCGCCAGUGCUGUCAUUACUUGGAGAAACAGUCUUGUUUUUCAUGACACGGAUAAAGUCACGUCGUUAUUCGUGCAUAUAUACGCGCCUUUUACAUUCACGGUGAUCCGGCACUUCUAUCCGAAUGCAGAAGACAGAUUCCCUGCGCUCAAGGCACUCCCAUACCUCGAUCCAGUCCGCGCUCUCUUUAUGAGCGGUGCUAUAUAUAUCUGUUGGCAGUUGAUGUACUGGAAAUUUGUACUAGUAGAUCGUCGAAGCAAGAUCGAAUCUGGCCAACGAACGACGUCGUUUUCUUUCCUUUUGAAUGACAAGCGCGGCGCCAUCGGGCGAGCUUUGUCGACAGUCCCUCCACAGUACCGUGAAGGUUCAUUCAUGACGGGGCAACUUGUAUACGCUCUCCUUACGGAACUACCUGCGGUGUACUUGUUUUAUGAUAGCCCUGUGUGGAGUGGAGUAUUUCUUAUGUUUAUAUUCUCUGUAAGCGUCUGGAACGGUGGCGGAUACUACAUCGAAGUAUUCGGUCGCAAGUUCGAACGCGAAUUAGAGGCACUCCGAAAGGAGCUUGCGGAAAGCAGUAAUAACAAUACCAACAGUCGCUCUGGCAGAUCAAGCCCCACAUUUACAGAUGGUGAAUCGCUUGGCGGAACUCCAUUAUUAUUGCUCGAGCCGUUACCAGCUACCUCCCUUGACGAACUACUCGCAGAAGCGGAAUCCCCUGAUAAGGACAAGGAUCUAUAGGCAUAAUGCCAACGGUUGCCCGGUUUCUUUGUAUCUCUGGAUGUUUUGGAAACGCCUUCGAACGCCACACAUCGCAAUUCGCUAUGCUUCUUAAUAUAUACCCUAGCUAUCUAUCACGUUGUAUUACACUUAAUUUCAUGCGCUUUCGUUGCUUUUCUUUCUUGGUGUCUAA